ACUACAAAUAGAAAAGAGGCUUGUUAAUUCAAUGUUGACCGAGUAAUUUUCCAAUAAGUGUUAAAAAUUUUACGAGCGUUUGUUCAUUGUUAAUUUUAAAAAACAAUAAUGACAGAACGAUUUUUAUCAGCAAACUUGUGGUCGUGCAUCGGUUAGUUUGAUAUUAAACUGUUUAUGCUACAAUGCCUUCAUGGAUUGUCAAAAUACCACUAUUAUUGAUUUUAUUGAUACAACAUACAAUUCCGAUGGCUAUGCUGCAAAAACCUUCAUAUUUUUCAUCAUAUGAUUCGAAUAGUGACCUAGAAGAAUACAUGAAAACUAAAAGCUAUAUUCCAAACGAAGAAAAUUUACCGAAAAUGCCUUCAGCAGUCACUUAUUCAGGUACUGAUUCAAGCUACGUGUUAUCAAAAUUGACAGACGAAGAAUUGUAUAAUCUCUUAAAUUCACAACCAAAGAAAAGUGAAUAUGGAUUAAGUGAUUUAAUUAAAGUUGGAUAUAAUGCAGACCGAGAUGCACCUAAAUAUUUUGUUAAACAGAAAGAAGAUGUUGAUUUCAAAAGCAAAAUUGCCAAAUUACCUCAAAAUCAUUUAUAUGAUAAAAGAAUUGACAAUCAAAAUGCAGUCUACAGAUUGCAGAACAGGGAAAUCGUAAAUGCGGCUGAUGAUCGAAAUUAUCCAGCGGUUAAGAAAUUAACUGAAUUACUAAACAAUAAUGUUCGUGGAUGGUACGACGACGAAUUUUCUGGAAUUGGGGGUGAUAAAAAAAGAGACUUACUAUUUAAUAUUUUAGUUGCUGAGUUGAGGUCACUGUGUUGCGAAAAGAACCAAGCAAAAUCCAUUAAACCAUUCGAUAGAUUAAAAACCUUUUUGAAUUCCAUAAAGGCAGAAGAUGUCGAAAAAAGGAAUUCAAUUAAUAAUGAAAAACUCACGAAAACUAUUUCAGAACACAUGUUUUUAGUAAUUAAUGACGAACUCAAAAGUAAGGUUAACACUGAUGAACUAAUGCUAGUUGACCCAGAAAGCCUAGCAAAAAAUAGCAGUGUGUUAUUACUUGGACCAAUAGUGACUCCGUUGACAGAUGAUCAAUUGAAAUUAGCUAUGGAUCGUAUUUCAAAUGAGAUUUCGAAACCAGAGUAUCUACCACUUCUUCGACAGUUGUCGGCAGGGCAAUUAUACAAUCACAACAAUCUUCGAAAAAGUUUCAUUACCGGUCCAGAGACAAGAAGAUACAUUAAGCCACACAGGUGUAAUUAUCAAUCGAAACUCGCAAAGAUUUACGGGGGCCCCAAAUGGAUUGUCUGCACCGGCUACCUUAAUUUAAAUGAACCUAGUCUGUAUGAUUAAUCAUCUAAAGAAAUAAAGAAAAAUAUCUGUGUAAUAAUUUGUUCAUAAUUCUAGUUACCUUUUUUUAACAAUACAAACUUUUACUUUAAUAAUUAAUAAUUUAGACUUGCCAGGCAGCUUCACAUGCACUAUAUUUGUAAAGAAAAAAGCUAUAUAGUUGCAUUUGACGUGAUAAAGAAUUAAUUGUGUUAAACUACCGGUCAAUUUGGAAAUCCUUUGAUACGAAAAAUCUGGAAUCAUCGAAUGUUAUUUAAGUACAGUGAUUAAAAUAUUUUUAUUAAACAUAUUAAUAACAAUAAUAAUUAGUGUUUAAUAGAAUAAUAACGGUAAAAAUAUUAUUAUUGUAACCUUGUAAUGUUCACUACUCAAUUUUAAUUUUGAAAAAAUUGAAGUAAGAUACAUUUGAAAAUGACUAAUAAAAUAAUUUAUAUAAA